AUUUAUUAUGCAUCUUAAGCUGCAAACCUGCGGGAAAAUGGCUAUACUUAGGGCCCGGUCCCUUACUGCUGUCUUGUUCCUUAGCUUCACUGCUGCGCAUCUGUGCAAUGCUAUCCGGAUACCUCCCUCUCCGCCAGCUUCAGGAUUUACAAGGUAUAACAUGGUUUUCCUUGGCGACAGCCUAACGGACCAGGGCAACGCAUUCGCUAUGCUUGGAGCUCCCAAUCCCAGCAUUUAUUACAAGGGCAGGUGCACCAAUGGACCGAACUGGGUGGAUUACCUGACCAAGACAGUGAAACAGUAUCCCCAGACAAGAAUCCGGGUCCAAAAUUACGCGUUCCCUGGCGCAACUGCCUGUCCGAGUCCUCUAACACGGGCUGCUGCACCCUUCAUUACGGACAUGUCGGAUCAGAUUGCAGCGCUCACCGCUGACGUAGCUUCCAAGAAGGUCCGCCUGAGCGGUAGCAAGACGCUGGUCUUCCAGUAUCUGGGAACGAAUGACUUCUUGUUCUUCUUUGAGAAUCUUCAAGCUACUAACGGCACCACCACACAGGCCGAAAUCGCACAGCUCGUUAGAGACACCAUCACAUGCCGUGUAAAGGGCGCAGCUGCUAUUGCCGCCAUCCAGGGUGUCACGGAUAUCGUCAUCCUGCCCAUCGCGCCGCUGCACACAUCACCUGCAGCGCCUCCAGAGUAUCGGCCGGUGUUUCUGGCAAUUGAAGCCUUUUUGGGAAACGAGACUCGGGCUGCCAUGGAACAGCUGAACAAGACGCUGGCCGCUGCCCCAGCGGGUACUCCGGGGGCCGGUGUGAAGAUCUGGGUGCUUGGCAACACGGAUUGGGUCAGCAAUGGGGCGUACCAGGUCAAGCCGCCUUUUAAAUACAUUGACACGGCCCCUUGCUUCUGGAACCCACGGCCUGUCAUCGUCAUCACGCCGGGGAUCCAAGUAUGUUCUGAUCCAGAGGACUACUUCUUUUACGCCUCAACCUCCGGCGCCACUCGAACGGUGGUAAUGCCUGCCCUGAGCUCAAUGGGAGCAUUGGUGUCGAGCUUGGGUAAAAGGCUAGUAAGCUUAAGCUGUUUAGGCGCCAUUCUGAGCGCGCUUUCUGAGGACCAAGUCCACCCCACUACAAGGUUUCACGAGUGGUUCGCGAACAAGGGCGUGCUGCCACGUCUCCAGGACCUCGGGGUGCUGCCGUAAUGUACGGCAAUGGUCGAUAUUACACGGCUUGAUGGAUCCGUGCGUAUGUAAACACAAUGGCCUUAGCACGGCCGCUGACCAUUCGUCGAAAUGCGCAUGUCCGAUUGGAUGUCUGCCUAUGACCCCGUUUGCUAGUUUGGGUCAACUGUAUGUAACGUGAUUCGUGCUUAGAGAAUGGCAUUUGGGUUUUGCCGUUGUAUACAUUGCAAGUUCGAUCAUCUGGUUUGAGGCGACAUGCUUGAUUACAUAAGUGGUCGGAGCACCGUGAUGGUCGGACGAUACGUCUAACGGAGUGAUUUGCCGUACAUUGAAGGCCGUUGCUACCGCAGAGGAAACAAAUGUCCCCUUACAUGGUAUUCAAUGGGAGCAAAUUUAAUUCCCAUAUUGCUAUCUGAUUUUGCGAGUUGCACCACACAUAUGCGCGCCGAAGAGCGCGAUCUAUUGAGUUAUUCACUGCAAAGCGAACAAUAAAGCAAGGCAACCGAAAUAUGUGCCACCGGUAUCGCGGGUCGUACCAAUCCGUUUCUUGUGUAAACAACGGUCCGUG